AUGGCCGCGUCCACCCUGUCCGUCUGCUCCAGCGACCUGAGCUACGGCAGCCGCGUCUGCCUGCCCGGCUCCUGUGACUCCUGCCCCGACUCCUGGCAGGUGGACGACUGCCCAGAGAGCUGCUGCGAGCCCCCCUGCUGUGCCCCCACCUGCUGUGCCCCCCCCUGCUGUGUCCCCACAUGCUGUGUCCCCAGCUGCUGUGACUCCAGUUGCUGUGCCCCAGCCUCCUGCCUGACCCUCAUCUGCACCCCUGCGAGCUGCGGGUCCAGCCCCUGCCAGUCAGCCUGCACCAGCCCCUGCCAGCCCUCCGGCUGCAGCUCCUCCCCCUGCCAGGGAGACUGCUGUGUGUCUGUCUGCUGCAAGCCUGUCUGCUGCACCCCUGUCUGCUGCACCCUUGUCUGCUGCACCCCUGUCUGCUCUGGGCCCUCCCCCUGCUCGGCCUCCUCCUGCUGCCAGCCCAGCCCCUGCUCCUCGUCCUGCUGCCGCCGGUCCUCCUGCGUGUCCCUGCUCUGCCGCCCUGGGGGCUCCCGCCAGGCCUGCUGCGUGCCCGCCUCGGCCCAGAAGUCCUGCUGCUGA